CCGUCAAGCUAAGCAAGCCCCUACCUACCUACCUACCUACCUACCUACCCUCCUUACCUACGCAAUACCUUGUUCCUUACCUAAACUCUUUUUCUUCUUAUCAAGAAUUUAUUUUAGCUUUGUUCUAUAUUCCCACGUCGCAUCGCUUCAUUACUUUUAUUAUACCCCCUAAAUUUGUUCGCGUUGCUGUUGUUGCUGUAACUAAUGAAUCGUGUUGUAGCAACACACAAUUCCCCGCGAACAUGGUUCAUAACUUCGUCAUUGACCCCUCUGAUUGUUCGAUUAAUAAGGCAGCUGCUUACCCACGGUGACUAUGUCGUGGCUUGCCUGCCACCCAACGAAAUCGAGCAUGAGGAUCGCAGCGCCGAGUUUCGUGAACUCGUUAACGAGUGUAAGAGCAACCGCAAAGAUCGGGAGGGGUGGAAGGACCGCAUUCGGAGCAUACGCUGUGAUGGUCGCGUUAUGGGUCAAUGCAGUGCUGCAGUGGCGGAGGCAAAGCAUGUCUUUGGUCGCAUAGAUAUUCUAUUGUGCUGCACAUCUGAAGCUAUCGUGGGAACUGUGGAGGAGCUUUCUACGACGCCGGCAACGCAAAACUUAGUGCGCGAUCAAUUUGAGACUAUCUUCUUUUCACAGGUGAACUUCAUCAAAGCUUCGCUUCCGACCUUUCGCGCACAACACACCGGACAUAUAAUGAUUCUCACGAGUCUAGGCGGGCACAUAGGCACACCUGCAAUGCCUAUAUAUACAGCGGCAACAUGGGCGCUUGAGGGGUACUGUGAUUCACUAGCUUACGAGGUUGCGCCCUUUAAUAUCAAAGUAACGGUAGUGCAGCCCCAUAAGGAGACUCAAUCCUUGACUAACAAAAUUGUCUUUGCGCCGUCACUACCGUACUACGACAGUGAGAAUAAUCCGGCACCGAGCGUUAGAGACAUGCUCACAAACGUGCUCAAUCUGAACCCGGAGACAGCCCUGGAGCCCUCGGAGACGGAGAUCAUCCAGAGAUACCCGAAGCUCCCUCCAUCCGCAAUAGAUCGGUUGGUGAGUGAGACAGUUCAUGCACUUACUGCUAUUGGCGGACAUGAAAACCCGCCGGCCCGGCACAUUGUUGGAUUUGAGGGGGCCGAGGCCGUAAAAGAGAAAUUAAAAACAGUGACAGAAGAAUUAGAAGACUUUGUGGAAGCAAGUGUAGCUGUGGACAUUUUUGAGUCGGAGCUGAAGAACGAGGCUACGCAAGGUAAAGUCAAGGCUGAAGGGAAAGCUGAAGGAAAAGCUGAAGGAGCUGAAGAUGUUACAGCAUCUGGAUAGUAUAAAUAUCCAAUUAUUUAAAUAGGAACGACCUGAUAUCGUAUAUGUACCUAACCAGGUAGCCAUUGUCGUUUGCCAUUGAGUGCAGUGUGUGUCACUGUGUGUUUGUAUUUAAACUUCGGUCUACUAGGUAGUAAACUUAACAUGUUGAGCGUUGAA